AUGAUAUCUUCCCACCAAUCCCCCUUGUUUGUACCGGCGACGAAGGCAUAUUGCCAAGUUUAUUGUGAGGGUCCUUAUACGAAUCUCGACAUGAUUCAGUACUUAAUCGACAAGUCCACUGUGAUACCCCAGAACGGUCAAUCCCCAAGGCAAGCAACUAUUGAGGAUUAUGUUUCUGAACCGAAUUUAGUUGGGGCCGUAACAAAUCAGAACAUGUUCGAGGACAGUAUCAAAGAUGGAGGUGCCCUCCAUUGGCUGGUUGCCGGCCGUUCCGGGGUCUGUACCUCGUUUGCGAUUAAAACGGUAGAUCGGCUAUACCACUGGUUCCCAGGUGAAGAAUAUGAAUUUGUCUUCUAUGACCUUGGACAGCACAGACUUGCUAUAUGCAAGAAAACUAAAAUCUUGAUCGAUUCCAGUGCUUCAGAGGCCGUGAAACUGGAAGAGGGCCAGGAAAAAACCGUCAACAAGCAUAUAUUUCUCUACGAAAAUCAAUGCUUAAAGUUUCGUGGGAAGAACGAAAACGUGAAUAAGGUACGGAAAGAUUCCUCAAUGUCCUUGCAUCACGAUGCAGCAUUCCCACCGAUCAAGGGCCUGCGGAGUGAGUUCAAAAUUGCCAUGACCUUAAACGCCAAAGCGGCCCUCAUUCGUUGCCUUGGACAACUAGCAAAGAAUGACAAGGCCGAACUUCUAUGCUUUUUCCGGGGCUAUCUGCGUCCUGCGUUCAGAUAUGGUUUUGAUGGGAUGAUCAAAUGGGUACCAACGAGAAAGGUUGUCGAGCUAUCCUGGAACACACGAAGCGGCGUAAAGGUACGAGGAAUCCAGUUUGGAUCUGGGACCGAAGACACCAACCAAGACUGCAUUAGCCAGAUUGAGGAUUUCCUAAAUAUGAAAGACUACGGGAUCGACCGGAUGGAUCAAUUCAGCUGUGUUAGAGAAUGGCAUGAAAAGUUGUGGGUCAUUGCCGCUUAUAAAUGGGGGUAUCCAACUCUUCAACCUAUCCGAGCCAAAGGAAGACGCUGA